CCCGUUUCUGGUCACCUGUGGUCCAACACCCACCUGGGAUCCAUGUAUGAAGACACUUGCUGGUCACUCGAGCCAAGUGAACUCUGUGGCAAUCUCGCCCGAUGGCAAGUGGAUUGCCUCUGCCUCAGACGAUGAAACUGUCAAGGUGCGUAGUGUUACCACGGGUCAAGUCAGUCGUAGCCUUGAAGGGCACAUCAAGCCCGUAACCUCGGUGGCGAUCUCACCCGACGGCAAGUGGAUCGUCUCUGGCUCGACUGACAAGACCAUUAAAGUUCGGGACUCAAGUACUCUCCAGCUUAAGUAUACUAUCAAAGACAUUCUGGGUCUUCAAAAAAGCAUUGUGAUUUCUCACAGCGGCCGCUUCAUUUUCUCGAUUUCAAAGUCGCAAAAAAUCAAGGUAUACGACUCGGCAUCUGGCGAACUGAAGAAGACAAUCGAAGAAAGAUCUUUUCGCAUUGCCCUAUCUCCCGACGACAGUCUUGUCGCAUGUACUCUUUCGGAUGGUCUCAUUCGAGUGAGGAGUACGGAAACUGGUGAACUUGUGUGCGCCUUUUCUAAGCUCCCAAGUCUCGCUCGCACCAUGAAAUUCUUGCCCGAUGGAAAAACGAUUGUUGUCGGGCAUGGAUCCUGCAAGAAUACCGAUCGAGUUGUCAGCAUUCUUGACAUUCCGAGUGGACAGAUUAAGCAGAUCCUGGACGGACAUUCUAUGUCCGUGUCAUCUGUUUCCGUUUCUGAUGAUGGAGCAAUGAUCGAGACGUCGGAUUUGGGCAAGAACACAAUCACUUGGUCACUCGUCGACGAAAAGUUUGUCAGGACCACAAGCACUUUCAUCAGUGCCGCCAACGCCCCUGGAGUCGAUCCGGCCCUUCCAAAUUGGUCCAAGGUCGAUUGCUCGGAGCCCAAGAAUUGGAUACGACACGGCCGAAACAUGAUGAAAGUGACUGAUUCGCUUUUCGACUGGGGAAGCCGAGUGAUCCAUACCCACGGGUCACUUUUCAUGAUCAAGGAACAUCCCGUCGUCAUAGAGCCUAUCCACUCCAAGGCCAACAGCACAUGAUGUGGAUAGAUGGGCGAACCGACCGCAAAAUGCCGAUUUCCCUCAAUGAUGCUGCUGAAUUGAUAUGACAUGCGAAACAGCCGAGCGUCCAAAGCACACAACUGGGCCACAACCGCCUCAGAUUCGAUUGGGUGAAUUACCCGUCUGGCCGCUCCUGUUGCUGCCAGAACCUUUGUGAAGAUCCAAGAGGAAUCCCGGCAAGCCGGUGAAUAUACUCCUCAUUGUAUUCAAA